AAGAAGAAGAAAUCCCGGACGCACAUGGUGAUCAGUGGAGAAAUGUGUUGAACUCGACAGGAUAACUUUAUUUUAAUCUCCACACACAAACACUGGCGUUGAACAGUUUUGUUGCUAACGUGUAGCAAACUCGUUGAGUUCACUGCCACCAUGGUUCGAGAAAAAAGGGGUAAACCGGUUCGACGGCCAAAAAAGACUGAGCGAUUUGAUGAAGACGACCCUGAAGCCUACAAGAAUAUGCCUGUCCCCGAUAAGAAAUCAUCGCAGUACACAAAGGACAAAAUCGAUCAGUUUCACGAUGAUAAGAUUGCAAAACUUCUCGCCAGCGGUGUUCAAAUGGAGAGCGACCUGGAGGAGCUGGACGAUGAGGAGGAAGUGAUGGCGCUGGACGAUUCGGAGUCUGAGGAUGAGGAAGAGGGGACAGACAUGGAGAGUGAUCUAGAGGGGAAAAAAGAAGAAGAUCUUCCUAAUGAAAUGGCGUGGGGCACCAAGAAGAAGAUGUUCUAUGACACGGACUAUGUGUCCACCAAAGGGAAAACGCAAGAAGAGUUGGAAGCUGAGGAACAGGAGGAAGAAGAAGAGGCUAAAAAUAUCCAAAAACGUUUAGCUGCAAAUCUGAGCGAGGAGGAUUAUGAUUUAAACUUUUUUAAGGAAUUUGCUGUGGAGGAGAAGGAUGAAAACAAAACUGUAGAAAAGGAGGAGAGGAUUGUGAAAGACCUGAAGCAGAUGUCCAAGAAGGAAAAAAUGAAACUUCUGAAGAAGGAUUCACCAGAGCUGCUUGAACUUAUUCAGGACUUCAAGGCAAAGCUCACUGAACUCAAGGAUGAGCUGCAGCCUCUUGUACAGAUGGUCAAGGACGGAAAGAUCCCACCAGGAAAGGGUGCUGACUACCUCAAGACAAAACAGCAACUGUAUCUGAAUUACUGCACAAACAUCAGUUUCUAUAUGGUGCUGAAAGCAAAACGUAUCCCGGCUCAUAACCAUCCUGUUAUUGAAAGACUCCUCACAUACAGAAAUCUCAUCAAUGAAUUAGGCUCGGUAGAUGCUCGGCUUGCGCCACAGUUCCGCAAACUACUGAGUGGUGAGGAGAAAGAUAAUGCCACCAGCAGACCAGCAGAGGGCAAGAAGACCAGAGUCUCCAGUAAGAAGGAAAAGCAGGAUUCUGGAGAAACUAUGCCUGAGGUUGAGGAGGACUCGGACUCUGACCUGAACGAGGAAGCAGCUUUGCGUUUCUACAGAGACGUGGAGGAGCGGUUGAAACUGAAGAGGAAAGGCAACACACCAGAAGCUGAGGAGUUGGAAGACAAUGAGGAUGAGGAGGAAGAGCCUGAUCCAGAUGCCAAGAGAGGAAUCACUUACCAGAUGGCCAAGAACAAGGGGCUCACACCAAAAAGGAAGAAAAUUGACCGUAAUCCCAGAGUCAAGAACAGAGAGAAGUUCAGACGGGCCAAAAUCCGCAGAAAGGGCCAGGUCCGUGAUGUUCGUCGUGAGGAUAAGAGAUACAGCGGAGAGAUGUCUGGUAUUCGUGCUGGUGUCAAGAAGAGCGUCAAACUUAAGUAACCAAGAGAGAAUCCAAAAUAUGCCGCUGCCAAGUGUAAGCAUGAGAAAACACCAAUGGACUGUACUUGUAAAUGUUUAUUAUAGGUGACUCUUGUAGUAAUGCAUUUCACAGAAUUAUUCAACCUUUAAUCAUUGUCGUAGAAAAGACAUCAAAAUGUUUUUCUGUGCAAGAUAAUGGCGCACUGUGAAUAAACAUUUUCUAAACUUUCAAUAA